AUGUUUGGUUUUCAAACUAUCGCUUGUCUUCGUGAUAUACCAGUUAUCCGUUCAUCAACUAAUAAACUUCAAGAUGUAUAUGUUAAAGCAAAGAAUAAAAGCUUACUUAUUCAACUUCCAUGUAAUUUAGUUGAAAUGGUUGCUGAUAAAUCACUUAAAAUUGCUUCUAUGGUUGCUAAUCCAUUUGUUAAAUCAUUACAUGGAUCUGGUAAUUCAUCAUUAUUUUAA